GCGGAGAUGAGGAGAUGAGGAGCUGGGCCGCGCUCUAGCCAAUCGUUUUUUUUUUAUCCUAUACCCAAAAGGUCCGGGGAAGCUCCGCGAAAGCGCCGCCUACGCGCUCUCACUCCGCCUUUUGUCCAACUUACGCAUUGAGUAUGCGAAAAUGCCAAGCAAAGCCAGCUCUUUGGACCGCCUUAUAAUACAUCACGUGGACCGAAGCAGCGCCGAAGCAGCUGAUUGACGUCGUCCACCGCUAACUUGUAAGUGUAUGAUGUAUGAUGUUCUUGGUCGAUUGUGGCCUUACAACUAGCUCUAGAUUCCUAGGCUACAAAUUGCUCUUGUUCGAAGCUAUGGUGACCCCUGGGGGGAAAACACGACGGAAACGGUUCGAGCGGAGUAGCAAUUUUUUGGGAAUAUUGGGGUAUAUGCCGGGGGGGGGGCGAAGCUGGGAUGAUCACGAUCCUACGUUAUUACCAUGGGACGACUUUACGUAGUAGUACAUACGCAUAAAGACCCAGGUACGUGAAAGAAGUAUAUAAGUUCCAGAAGCAGCACCAAGUCCCAAUGGAAAACAAAGCCGAACCUCUUUUGCCGGGUCACACAGCUUCCACGCUGAGAUUGUCGCUCUCUAAGAUCUAACACGCAGGAGAGCUGCUGUGCAUGACAAGUGAUUGUCACACAUUCGAUCAGAAUGGCAACCCUCUUGUCGCUUGUUACGGCGGCGACAGCGGUUUCAGCCGCCGCUGUCAUACGACGAGACUACCAGACCGCUGACCCUCUCGCUUCCUGUCCGGGUUAUACAGCUUCGAAUGUCGUUAGCACGGGUUCGGGGUUGAAGGCGGAUCUAAAGCUGGCUGGUGAGGCUUGCAAUGUAUACGGAACGGAUCUGAAGGACUUGACUCUCGAAGUCUCAUAUGACACAGAAACGAGACUUCACGUCAAAAUCCAAGAUGCUGCUAACAACGUCUACCAAAUUCCCGAGUCCGUCUUCCCUCGGCCGGAAGCUGAAGGUGCCGAAGAAGCACAGUCUGCGUUGAAGUUCGACUACAAGGAGAGCCCAUUCUCCUUCACCGUAUCUCGCUCCGACUCGGGCGAAGUCCUUUUCGACACAUCGGCCGCCAACAUAGUAUUCGAGUCGCAAUAUUUACGCCUACGGACUAAGCUACCGGAGAAUCCGAGCCUAUACGGUCUCGGCGAGCACUCGGAUCCCUUCAUGCUGAACACAACUGACUACAUCCGCACGUUCUGGUCGCAGGACUCUUUCGGCGUCCCCGAAGGUACGAAUCUGUACGGAAACCAUCCUGUGUACUACGAGCACCGAGAAUCGGGUACCCACGGCGUGUUCUUCUUGAAUUCUAACGGUAUGGAUAUCAUCAUCAACAACACCGCCGAAGCUGGGCAGUACCUCGAGUACAACACCCUCGGCGGCGUGUUGGACUUCUACUUCGUGUCCGGCCCGAGCCCGAUUGAAGUCGCGCAGCAGUACUCCGAGAUCGUGGGUCAACCUACGAUGCAGCCGUACUGGGGAUUGGGAUUCCAGAACUGCCGUUACGGGUAUCAAGAUAUUUUCGAAGUCGCCGAGGUCAUCUACAACUACAGCCAAGCUCGUAUCCCGCUCGAGACCAUGUGGAACGACAUCGACUACAUGUACCGCAGAAGAGUAUUCUCCUUGGACCCGGAAAGAUACCCUCUGCACAAGGUGCGCGAGGUGGUUGACUACCUGCACGCGCACGACCAGCACUACGUCGUCAUGGUAGAUCCUGCCGUGGCCUACCAGGACUUCCCUACCUCGUUCCGGCGCGGUGUUGAGGACAACGUCUUCAUGCUCCGCGAGAACGGUACCGCCUAUAAGGGUGUUGUCUGGCCCGGGGUUACGGCCUUCCCCGACUGGUUCUCCGCCAACAUCUCCAAGUACUGGAACAACGAGUUCGAUCUGUUCUUCUCGCCUACGGAUGGCGUUGAUAUCGAUGCCCUCUGGAUCGACAUGAACGAGCCUUCCAACUUCCCCUGCUUCUUCCCUUGCGACAACCCCGACGCUUCGGCCGUGGGAUACCCGCCGGAGCCCCCGCCGGUCCGAUCUCCUCCCCGUCCCCUCCCCGGCUUUUCUUGCAACUUCCAGCCUGAAGGCUGCAACAACACCGAGGUCAAGUCCCUGGCGAUCCGCGACGGCACUCCCCCGGCCUACUUCGACAACCUCAUCCUCGCACCGCGCCAAGAAGAGGGCAAGCAGCUCGGCCUACCCGAUCGCGACCUUCUCUUCCCGAAGUACGCGAUCCACAACAAGGCGGCGGGCUCGGACAGCAUGAACGCGGCCGAGGGCGGCAUCUCCAACAAGACCGUCAACACGGAUCUGAUCCACCAGAACGGCCUGACCAUGUACGACACGCACAACCUGUACGGCUCGAUGAUGUCCAUCGCCUCGCACGGGGCCAUGCUGCACCGCCGCCCUUCCGUGCGGCCCAUGAUCAUCACGCGCUCGACGUUCGCGGGGGCCGGGACCAAGGUGGGCCACUGGCUGGGGGAUAACGUGUCGACGUGGCACCACUACCGGCUGGCGAUCCGGAGCAUGCUGGCGUUCGCGUCCGUGUACCAGAUCCCGAUGGUCGGCGCGGACACGUGCGGGUUCGACGGCAACACGACGGAGCAGCUGUGCGCGCGGUGGGCCGCGCUCGGCGCCUUCGCCCCCUUCUUCCGCGUGCACAACGGCCUCGAGGCCCGGCCGCAGGAGCUCUACCGCUGGGAGAAGACGGCCGAGUCCGCCCGCAAGCACAUCGACAUUCGCUACCGCCUGCUCGACUACAUGUACACGGCCAUGCGCGCGCAGGCCCGCGACGGCACGCCCAUGGUCAACCCGCUGUUCUACCUGUACCCGCGGGACAAGAACACGUACCCGAUCGACCUGCAGUACUUCCUCGGGCCGGGCCUGCUCGUGGCGCCCGUGACGGAGGAGAACAGCACCAGCGUGGACGUGUACCUGCCGGACGACGUGUUCUACGACUUCCACACGCGCGAGCGGGUGGUCGGCGAGGGCAAGUAUGUCACGGUCGCGGACCAGGAGUGGACGGACCUGCCGCUGUACCUGCGGGGCGGGGUGAUCGUGCCGCUGCGCGCCGGGUCCGGGAUGAUGACGACGGCGGAGGUGCGCGGCCAGCCGUUCGAGAUCGUGGUGCCGGUGGGCAAGGACGGGCGGGCGAGCGGGCGGCUGUACGUCGACGACGGCGAGAGCGUCGAGCAGCCGGGGACGACGGACGUCUCGUUCGAGUACGCGGACGGCGUGCUGAGCGUCGGCGGCACGUUCGGGUACAAGGCGGAGCAGCUGCGGAUCAGCAAGGUCACGUUCCUGGGCGUUGGAGGCGGGAACGGCAAGCGCGCUGAUAAUGGGGUCGUUACGGUGGAUGUGGACAGGGCGCUUGAGGAGGCGUUUACCGUUAAGGUUAGCGAUACGUGAGGGAUGGGCAAGAGGUUGAAGUACAUAUUAAGUGCCUAGGUACUUAAACUAUAUCUACCUAUUUAUAAUGUAUAAACGAUAAACGAUUGAAUGAACGAGUCGGAACU